AUGGCAUACGGGGAGGAGCUGCUGAGAGAGAAGACCGAGGACGGCACGACAUGCGCGCAGUUGGCGAGUGUGGGAGGGCAUGUGGAGAUGCUGCAGUACCUUGCAGAGACAUUCGGAAAGGAGCUGCUGAGGGAGAAGGACAAUGACGGCUGGACAUGCGCGCACUUUGCGAGUCAGGAAGGGCAGCUGGAGAUGCUGCAGUACCUUGCAGAGACAUACGGAAAGGAGCUGCUGAGGGAGAAGGACAAUGACGGCUGGACAUGCGCGCAGUUGGCGAGUCAGGAAGGGCAUCUGGAGAUGCUGCGGUAUGUUGCAGAGACAUGCGGGGAGGAGCUGCUGAGAGUCAAGACCGAGGACGGCACGACAUGCGCGCACUUAGCGAGUAAGAAAGGGCAGCUGGAGAUGCUGCGGUAUGUUGCAGAGACAUGCGGGGAGGAGCUGCUGAGAGAGAAGACCAAUGGCGGCACGACAUGCGCGCACUUUGCGAGUCAGGAAGGGCAUCUGGAGAUACUGCAGUACCUUGCAGAGACAAGCGGGGAGGAGCUGCUGGGAGAGAAGACCGAAGACGGCUGGACAUGCGCGCACUUUGCGAGUCAAGGAGGGCAUGUGGAGAUGCUGCAGUACCUUGCAGAGACAUGCGGAGAGGAGGUGCUGAGAGAGAAGACCAAUGAUGGCAAGAGAUGCGCGCACUUCGCAAGUGUGGGAGGGCAGCUGGAGGUGCUGCGGUACCUUGCAGCGACAUGCGGAGAGGAGGUGCUGAGAGAGAAGACCAAUGAUGGCUGGACAUGCGCGCAUGCAGCGAGUCAGGAAGGGCAGCUGGAGAUGCUGCGGUACCUUGCAGAGACAUGCGGGGAGGAGGUGCUGAGAGAGAAGACCAAUGAUUGCUGGACAUGCGCGCACUUUGCAAGCAAUGUUGGGCAGCUGGAGGUGCUGCGGUACCUUGCAUCAACAUGCGGAGAGGAGCUGCUGAGGGAGAAGACCAAAGCCGGCUGGACAUGCGCGCAUGCAGCGAAUGAAAACGGGCAUCUGGAAGUGCUGCGGUACCUUGCAGAGACAUGCGGGGAGGAGGUGCUGAGGGAGAAGGACCAAGACGGCAAAACAUGCUUGACUCUGGCUCGUAACUCAGAUGUCAAGGAAUAUCUUACAAGUUUAGGUGUUGACUAA